AUGUCAGCUCUAUUCAAGUUUGCUUCACUGUUGCAAGUGCUUUUACUUCUAAUUUGUUCAAGUACAUAUGUGCAUACCCAGUGGCCAUCAUUGCUGCAAAACAAUAAUCAGAACGGUAUAUUACGUGUCUUUUGGAAGUUUGCACGAAUAGGGGAAAGGGCUAGUCCUUACGUAUCUUUAGCUUGCAUAUUAAUGGCUAUCAAUCAGUUUAAUAGUUAA